UCAGGCAAUAUACAUUUGUCGGUGGCUUCGGCUUACGUUGCAUAUCAGACGCACUAUUUAUUUCCAAACCAAACUCUAAUCAAUUAUUGCCUUGCAAGAGUGAUUAUGUGUAGCUUUCGGCAAAGAAACCAUAGAUUAUUAGUUACGCAUAACAGCGGUUAUGAAUAGACAUUCUAUCGCAGCUGCAAAUAUCUGCUGGAAACAACCACUUUUAGCAUCACUUCCGCACGAGAGGACUCAAAAAUACAUACAUCCGUGGUGAUGUAAAACAGUGGUGCGGAUUAACGCAAUGGAUAAAAGCAAAUCACCUGUACGUCGUGCUAAACGUCAAUCUAAAGUAGUGGAAGAAAAUUUCUGGGACUGCAGCGUCUGUACUUAUCGCAAUACUGCUGAAGCAUUCAAGUGUUUAAUGUGCGACGUGAGAAAAGUUUACUCCGUUCCAGGCACUUCCACGCGAAAGCCGCGACUAAAUUCUGCGCUAGCGGCACAACAGGCAGCGACACAAGCAUUUCCCGGAGCAUCCGGUGGAUCACAGGCCGGUUCGAACGUGAAAUCUCCUGGUGGCACAAAAUCACUUCGUAGCAAAGGGAAACGUUCAAAACACCCAGCACGCUUAAAAAACAUUGAUCGUUCCAGCGGACAGACACGUGAAGUGACCGUUAAUUCCGUUACGGUGGUUAUUACCGAAUACAAACCAAAGCCCUCCGUGAGCCGGCAUGAUUCGAGUGAAAGUUUCAGUGAGAGUAACGAUUCUAGAAGCUAAGCGUGCUUUCAUUGUACUUCUGACUGCUUUCUUAGGUAAUAUUUGCGGAUAGAAUGUUAAAUUCUGCAGAUAGUAUAAAAAUUUACUUCAACAAUAUGAUUGGUUUAGUUUAAAUAAGGUGUCGUAAAUGGUAGGAAUAUGCUGAAUACGAUUUCAACGCAUGUCCUGUGCAUAAUACAAUCGUUUUCUUAGGAAGCAUUUUUUUUAUCGUAAAGGUAUCGUUCUGUUUUAAAUACAUACAGACGCUCGUCAGCUAUUCAGAAGUUACAGUUCGCAUAUAACCAUCUCUCAUGCAUAGGCAAUACAAAAAACUCUAAUACAGAACUAAUAGAGAUAUGAGCUGAGAACUGGUAUUUAUCCAUUUUAAGUUAAAUUAGUAGAGUAUCAAAACAAACCAUAAUACAACAUGAGUCAACUGUGUUAACAAAUUUCAAUCCUUAAGUCUUCAUUAACACAAUGAGUGUUAUGUUUUAAUGGUCAGCCUUGAUUCGAAUUCAUGAGUUCGGAGCGAAUUCAUGCUCGAAGUUUUUUUUUUAAAAUCAGGAAAUCAUUGUUUAUAUUUAGGUUUGUAUUGUUUAAUGCGUCAUACUACCGAAUCAGGUAAAGAGGUAAAUAAAUUUUAACAUUACUGCAAGACAAACAUACACUCUGUGUAUCUGUGCUUGUGAUGAAAAGUAGUGUAUAGUGUAACAGAAAUCCACAAAACUGCCAGUUUCCAACUACGUAACAAUUCAUCAUAACUUCAUCACGUACAAGGCAGGGAGAAUGAUACUGUAAAUGAAUAAACUUACUAAUAUGAUAACCCUAUUGUAUUUAUCCCGCUCUUUUAAAUAGUUGCUAAUACGGCUUGCACAACGCUAUUAGAAAGCUGAUGUACACUUUCCUUGCCUAAUAAGAAAUUAGUCAUAACUUGAUGUUAUCAGUAUUUGAGA